UCAAAUUCGAUUUCACCUUUACAUUCAAAUUAAUCAUUACAGUAAUGCAUAUGAUGUUAUGGUCCGCUUUUAUACGGCUGUCAAGAUCGUGCGAGUUUCAUGUGUAUUACAUGCUCCCUGACAGCAGUAGAGGCGCAUGUGCUGCUUCGCUGUCCAGACUUCAGAUGAUGCCGUUGAUAUCAACCGCAGUGAACACAGAUCCUUGUCCUCGCCGUUGCACCGAUAGAAACUCCGGGUUGUCAACUUGCCAGGGGUACCUACGUCCGAACAUGUGGUCUCCCGAGGUCCGGCUCGGUUUAGCGUCCUCGGGCAAGUCCGGGGGAUCUGCCCUGAUGUCAUCCGAAGAGGCCCGCUUCCAUACCGCUUCCAUGGUCAUAAGGCCAACAACCCAUCCAGUUUGACGUCCCGAAUCCAGGGGUAUUUGCCAUUGUUUUCCAGCUGAGAUGGAGUACGAUAUCCAAAUAUGGCCCACAUUGCCUGGUAGCCCCAUGGAGACCGAACCUCUUUCAAUGCCGAGGUGUUGUUGCCGGAAGAGGUUGGUGGUAGACUCGGAAAACCGGGCGCCAUGCCAUCUUGCCGGCCGGUAACCCGUCCACCUUCCCUCAUAAAAUCACAUAUAUGCU